AUUUUUUGAGCAUGUAUUUACCUUGUUAACACUAAUAUUGUUUUUGUGUUGUUAAUGAGUUAGUAAUUAAUUUGUUUUUAAUGUAUAAAAUAAUAUUACCAGACAAGAUUCAACUUAAUUCUAUUAACAUGGGGGGUUGAGAGUUGAAUGCUGUUUUUUCUCUUCUUUUUUUUAUUAUAUAGUCCGUCUUUUCCUCUUUAAAUAACGGUUUGAGAUCUUGAAUUAGAUCAUUAAAUUCUUCUCUUGUUUUCUUUUUCCAAUAUUUGCUAAAUUUCAACUUUACAAUUUUUAGUGGUUACUCCAAAUCAGAUUCUUAUUUUUCUUCUUUCGAGUUACUUAAAAAUAUUACUAUGUAGAUCACCCCUAGCAAUAUUAGUCCCUAUUCUAUAUUAUUUCCAUUUUGAAUUAUAAUGGAAUAUUUAGUUUUUCAAGUGUAUUGCUUAAGUUUUCCUACAAUGUAAAAUGAUUCUUUCUUUGGUUCCUAAGCAGACUUGGAGGAAAUGAACUUUAUUGCAAAUGGAGCACUUCACAUGCUAAUAAUAAUGGGAUAUUAGUGCUGCUAAAGUUCCCAUUGUUUGUCUAAAUUUGGAGUAUUUUAACUCAAUCUUGCACCAAAGGAAGAGAUGUCUAGCCCCCUAAGUGAUCAAAUUCUGAAUUUCUGUGAGUCUGAAUUGUUUCCAAAUGUACAGAAUUCAGAAGUUGCUUCUAGCUCAAAUUGUUGCAGUUAUGAGGAACAGAGUUCAUAUUCUACCAAUCUUGACAUGAACAAAUUCAAUAAUACUAUUGAGAAGAAUGAAGAAACCAACAUCACCACAGUUACAUCUAAUAUUAGUCCUUCACGAACCAACAACAACAACAACAACGACAACAACAACAACAUUAAUAACAACGCUCUCUCAAUAAUAUUUGAUUCUCAUGAAGAUCAAAUUGAGAAUGAUAUUUCAGCUUCAAUUGAGUUCACACAAGAUGCAAACUUCUCAAUCCCUCAUCAUUUACUUAAUCCUCAACAAGAAUUAUUCGACAUUAAUUCUCUCAACAAUCAACAUAUUAAAGUAACCGAUGUUUCUCAGUAUCCUCCUGAUCAUCCUCCUCCUCCUAUUGUUCCACUUAUGGGACCUCCAUUAGGACAUAUAUAUGAAGAGGAAUCUUUGUCAUCAGUUCCUUCUUACAUGCGCGUUCCUACUUCUUCUUCUUCUCCUUCUUGUCCUCUUCUUGAUCCUACACUCGCAAACUACUUACCUUUAAACUCAAAUCCUACCAUGCCUGUUGCUGAAUCUUCAGCAAUACUUGCUGCUGCCACCACUGGUGGUGGCUUGUUUUUCGGUGCUGAGUUUCCACAAGUACAAGAAUUGGAAUAUCAAGGAGACAGUGGUAGAUUAUUUUGCCCUGAUGCCUUGCCAAGAGUUUAUAACUGCUCUAACGAGCUUCAGGCACUCAGCAAUGAGAGUCAACAUUUGGUUAGUGCUACCGGAUGUUCUAACCCGUUGGCAUCAGAUAUAACAAGUUUGGAUGAUCCUUCCUUCAGUAAUAAUGUUGUCAAAUGCUCUCCUGAGGAGAGGAGGGAGAAGAUUAAUAGAUACAUGAAGAAACGGAACGAGAGGAAUUUUAGCAAGAAAAUCAAGUAUGCAUGCAGGAAAACAUUAGCAGACAGUAGGCCAAGGGUGAGGGGAAGAUUUGCAAAGAAUGAUGAAUUUGGGGAAGCAAAUAAGGCAACUUCUUGUGGUACACAUGAAGAUGACACAAAAGAAGAUGUAAAACUCAAUCUUUUAUACCAUCAUGAUCCUAAUAUGAUUACUUCUUCAGGACAUGAAAAUAAUGGUCGGAUUUUCACUUCCAAUUGCCACUCAUCUAACAGUCCUUAUGAUAUUUGCCCCCCUCUGUAUUGCACAGAUGGCCAGUUGCACUAAUGAAUUCCACAGCUGAAACAAUUAGGUCUGGUGGUGAAAAAUAACAAGAUGGAACUGGUGAAGUUGUAGGAUAUCAUUGCACAUACCCAUUGGUGUAAAUAACUUCAAUAAUUAGCAAAUACUUCAACCACCAAUCUUGGGUUUCAUCAGGCAGCUUUAAUUUGUGUAGUUUUCAAACAACAAUUUAGUAUAAUGUGGGUCAUUUCAACAUUGAAGUCUAGUAAUAAUUCAAUGAAUAUCAUAGUGAAGAGAUGUAAAUUUUGUAAAUCUGUACUAUCACAAGUUGCAUUCUUGUCAAAUCACUUGCAUUUUUAUUAGCUUUGAUGAGUUGCCAACUUAGAUAAAGUUGUGUUUGUACUUGUUCUAGUCAUGUUAAUUAUAUGUAUACUUUCUCUUACAAUAUUACAUAAGAAGUGGUCCACA